AUGGCAGAGAAGAACAUCACCUGGGUGAGCGAAUUCCUCCUUAUUGCAUUCACUGACAGGCCUGCGUGGGCCCUUCCUCUCUUCUUCCUGUUUCUGCUCAUCUAUCUCCUGACCUUGUUGGGGAACCUGGGCAUGAUGAGCCUGAUCCGUGCAGAUGGCCGGCUGCACACCCCAAUGUACUUUUUCCUUGGCCACCUCGCGUUCAUGGACGUGUGCUACUCAUCGGCCAUUGUGCCACAGAUGCUGGCCGUGUUGCUGGAACACGGGGCCACACUGUCCUACUCCCGCUGCGCCAUGCAGUUCUUCCUCUUCACCUUCUUCGGCUCCAUCGACUGCUACCUUCUGGCCAUCAUGGCCUAUGACCGCUACGUGGCCGUGUGCCGGCCCCUGCUCUAUGUCACCAUCAUGACUGAGAAGGCCCUCUGGGGCUUAGUGGCUGGGGCUUAUGGCGCUGGUCUCUCCAGCGCCUUUGUUCGCACAGUCACCACCUUCACCCUCUCCUUCUGUGGGAACAACGAGAUUGACUUUAUCUUCUGUGACCUUCCUCCUCUGCUAAAGCUGACCUGUGGGGACAGCUACACCCAGGAGGUGGUCAUCAUUGUGUUUGCCAUCUUCGUCAUCCCUGCCUGCAUGGUGGCGAUCUUGGUGUCCUACCUGUUUAUCAUCGUGGCCAUCGUGAGGAUCCCCUCAGCGGGAGGCCGGGCCAAGACCUUCUCCACCUGCGCCUCCCACCUCAUGGUUGUGUCCCUCUUCUUCGGCACCCUCAUCUUCAUGUACCUCAGAGAUAACUCUGGUCACUCUCCACAGGAAGAUCGGGUGGUGUCUGUGUUCUACACAACAGUGAUCCCCAUGUUGAACCCCCUCAUCUACAGCCUGAGGAACAAGGAGGUGAAGGAGGCAUUGAGGAAAGUUCUUGAAAGAGCCUAG